CCACCUUUCCUUUUCACACUCUCCACACUCGCUCGAGUUGUAUGUAGUUGGAAGAGGAGAUUUUUCUCACAAUCGUAGCACACGAAAUGGGCGAUCUAAGACGGGUUCUUUUGCUCCAAAUUUUACUAGUCUCAGCAUCUAAAGCUCAAAUGCCUGGUUUCAUAAGUUUGGAUUGCGGAGGAAGUGGAGAAUUCACCGACGAUCUUGGACUCGAUUGGACUCCUGAUAAUAAAAUGAUUUACGGUACAAAAGCCAGCAUAUCAAUACCAAACGAGAAUAGAAGGCAAUACACGACACUGCGAUAUUUUCCUGCAGAUAACAGAAAAUAUUGCUACACAUUGAAUGUGAGGACUAGAACUCGAUACCUCAUAAGAGCUAGUUUUUUAUACGGAGACUUCGACAAAAGCAAUGUUUUUCCGGAAUUCGACAUGUCCCUUGGAGCAACUCCCUGGUCAACCAUUUUAAUCUCUGAUGCUUAUACAGUAGAAUCUGAAGAGUUGGUUGUAUUGGCUUCUUCUCCAACACUUAGUGUGUGCCUUUCUAAUGCUACUAUUGGGCAACCAUUUAUUUCUACACUUGAGCUUCGGCAGUUUAAUGGGUCUAUGUAUUAUACAACUUACGAAGCUGAGUUCUUCCUCAGCUUAGCCGCAAGAAUAAAUUUUGGUGCAGAGAGCAAUGAUUCAGUAAGAUACCCCGAUGACCCGUUUGAUAGAAUAUGGGAGUCCGAUUCAGUAAAAAGGGCGAAUUUCCUUGUCGACGUUGCUCCUGGAACAGAAAGAAUAUCAACUAAGAUGCCGGUAUUUGUUAGCACCGGUGAAAUCCCCCCUGAAAAGGUUAUGCAAACAGCAGUUGUUGGUCAAAACGGAUCAUUAACUUAUAGACUAGAUUUAGCUGGCUUCCCAGGAAAUGCUUGGGCAUUCUCAUACUUCGCAGAAAUCGAAGAUUUACCCCCCAGCGAGACUAGAAAGUUCAAGCUAGUAAUUCCGGGGAUGCCGGCGUUCAGUAAACCCACUGUUAAUGUUCAAGAGAAUGCUCAGGGGAAGUAUAGGGUGUAUGAACCAGGAUAUUAUAAUGUAACCCUCCCGUUUAUUUUCUCUUUUGGGUUCAAGAAGACGAAUGAUUCGUCAAGGGGGCCUAUAUUGAAUGCCCUAGAGAUCUAUAAGUAUCUGCAGAUAAAUUUUGGAUCUCAAGAUGCAACUAUUUUGGCCAGUUUUGCGGCCCACUACCCAGAAGCUGAUUGGGCUCAGGAAGGUGGUGAUCCAUGCUUACCGGCAGCGUGGACUUGGGUGCAAUGCAGUUCAGAUUCACAACCUAGAGUGGUUUCAUUAAUUUUGUCUGGGAAAAAUUUGACUGGGACUAUUUCUUUAGAACUGACAAAGUUACCAGGCCUCGUCAAAUUAGAUCUUGAUGGAAAUUCAUUUACUGGCCAGAUACCUGAUUUUAGUGGAUGCCCAAAUCUGGAGUAUAUCCAUCUUGAGAACAACGAGUUGAGUGGUGCAUUGCCUUCGACUUUAGCAGAUCUACCUAAUCUAAAGGAACUGUAUGUGCAGAAUAAUAAGUUAUCUGGACGGGUACCUCAGGGGCUUCUCAAAAAGAAUAUCAUUUUCAACUAUUCAGGAAACAUGGGUCUUCACGGGAAAAGCAACAGCUCAAAUCACACUAUAAUUAUUCUGUGUUCUGUAAUAGGGGCUGCUUUGCUGCUAAUAGUUGCUGUAGCAUGCUUUUUAUGUACACGCAAGAAAAAGAAGAACUAUUCAAAAGAGAAUGUACCCACUGCUCCUGCAAAAAAGUUAAGCUCGUAUCUCAGUGAAGUUGCCACAGAAACAGCACAUAGAUAUUCCUUGUCAGAAAUUGAAGAUGCCACCAUGAAAUUUGAAAGGAGGAUAGGCUCUGGAGGUUUUGGUAUAGUGUACUAUGGAAAGUUGGCAGAUGGAAAAGAGAUUGCCGUCAAACUUCUGACAAAUGACUCCUUCCAGGGGAUCCGAGAAUUUUUAAAUGAGGUAACAUUGCUUUCUAGAAUACACCACAGGAAUCUGGUGACUUUCCUCGGUUACAGCCAACAAGAUGGGAAAAACAUCCUUGUCUAUGAAUUCAUGCAUAAUGGGACGUUAAAAGAGCACCUGCGUGGACCUGGUCAUGAGAAAAUUGUCAGUUGGAUCAAGCGGCUUGAGAUUGCUGAGGAUGCUGCAAAAGGCAUUGAGUACCUCCACACUGGCUGCUCCCCAACCAUCAUUCACAGAGACCUCAAGAGCAGCAAUAUUCUGCUCGACAAGAAUAUGAGAGCUAAGGUCUCGGAUUUCGGCCUCUCGAAACCUGCAGUGGAUGGAUCCCAUAUUUCAAGUAUAGUUAGGGGGACAGUUGGAUAUCUAGACCCUGAGUACUACAUCUCCCAGCAGCUGACGGAGAAGAGUGAUAUAUACAGUUUUGGAGUUAUUCUUCUUGAGCUGAUUUCAGGCCACGAGCCCAUAUCCAAUGAAAACUUUGGCAUCAACUGCCGUAAUAUCGUCGCAUGGGCAAGAUCACACAUUGAGAGUGGAAAUAUUCAAGCCGUGAUCGAUCCAGCACUUCAAGAUGAUUAUGACAUGCAAUCAGUGUGGAAGAUUGCUGAGACGGCAAUCAUGUGUGUGAAACCCCAGGGUUUACAGAGGCCAACUAUAUCAGAAGUAGUCAAGGAUAUCCAGGAAGCAAUUGCAAUCGAACGGAGGUUACAGCCCGAUCGGGAAUUCCCCGCUGAGAUGAUCUCUAAAAAGUCAAUGGGCUCUUCAGUUAAUUUGGACCUGGCCGACAUGGCGAACUCCGAGCAUAAUGUCACCUUUGAUGAGUUGUUAAUGCAGCCCGGGCUCCGGUAACAUUUGUUGUGAAUAAUAUGGCAUGUAAUGGUUCAAAGAGAUCUGUUUACAGGGUGGUAAAACUACUUGUUUGGCCCUCUUUGAGUCUUAGUUUUCUUACUGGCUUUUGUUAAAGAAGAUACAUCUAUAGAGCAAAGCAAUAGCUUGAGUAUAAUGUAGAGUAGCGAAGAGUUGUGAUUCAGCAUCACAGCUGCUUUUGCUAAUUAGUGCCAGGUAUCUUCUUGUUGAACUGUAAAAUGGAAAUUUUGACAUCUGAAUGUCUCCCUGCUGCUCCCUUAAAAAUAUUUUAAAAAUUUGUUGUGUAAA